GAAUGUUACAUCACGCCGGGAACAUAUAUAUACGCACCUGCAGAAGAGUUUUUAUCAAGCCAUCGAGUUGGAAGACAGCUAACAAGAAGCAAGUUUCUGGUAAGGAGCGAUACUAAAACGUACUUUAAGUUUUUUUUUUGGAGUCCAUACGUUUAUCACAUUAGGAGCGGAAAGCUCAAGUUGUUCAAAUUUGGUGCUACAACUGAUUAUGGAUUUAAAGACUUUCCACUAGGAAGUGGUAUAUCCAUGUACACCUUUGCUCCACAAAGUUUAUUUUAAACAUCUAUAUGCAGAUUAAUUUGCUUGACUCCAAAUAAUUUCUAACUUCUUUCCUUUCAAGGUGUCUUGAAAAUUAAAGUCACGAUCAACCAUCAAAAUGGUAAGUAGUUACAAUACUUUGAUAAAAUUGUAGAUGCCCGUUCUUAACUUUUAAUUUGAAAAUGCCCAUCAGUCGGAAUAGCAGGGUUAUUUUAGUCAAAAAAGCUCGUUGUAUACGAAACAGGGAACCUGACAGACACUCGCAGCCAGGCUUUUCUCAGGCAUUGAACCGAAGUGAUCAGGAAUGAUCAAAGCAAUCGUUCUUUAUUUGAGGAAGCAGAAUGUGAGAAAAUUUUGCCAUAAUGUCCCCUAGCUCACUUGAAACUAAUAAAAUAAUUAUCAAUGUUUCAAAAAUAGCUCUCUUAGACACCAACUUUGUCCUUCAUUUUCUCCACUUCUAUUCAUCAUACUUCAUUGUGUUCAGUUUGAGAGUACAUUUCAAAUAAGCAAUUAUAAACGCCUAAUCAAUUUUUGACUUUAUAGCAGUUCUGAUACCUUAAUAAUUUACUUUAGAUGAUUAAUUGUGUUUUUAUGAUCCCUUGAUACAGUCUAUGUCAGGGGUACAAGUCGACGCCGAAAUCAACGGUUUGUUUAAUGAUAUGAAGAUGAGAAGCAAACACAAGUUUGCAUUAUUUAACAUUGAAGGAAAGAAGAAAAUUGUUGCUGACGUGUGUGGGGAUCCAUGCAAAACUGAAACAAAAGAAGAGGAUGAAGCACAGUUCAAUAGAAUGAAGGAGCAACUCACCAAUGAGCCACGAUAUAUUUUGUAUGAUUUUGGAUUCAUGAAGAAGGAUGGCAGGAGAGUUAAUAAGUUGGCAUUCAUCUUCUGGUGAGUAAGGCUGUUCUCUGUAUUUUUAACUGGUGACCGGGCAUAAAAUUUUCCCCUUAGUCUCAAGACAUUUUCGGCUGGAUUUACUAGCUUGACAGAGUUAGAGUUGUAAGCGCAUUUUCUUUUAUUAACCUAGUAAAAAUAAUAAAUCUCAGAGGUAAAUAGAGUUAAAGGUGCAACAGAAUAGGUAGCCUGCGUGACAGGCGUUUUAAAGGGGAGGGAAAAAGGAUUCCGGGCGCGCGAGAAGCGCGAAAGACGCGCGAGGGGAGCGUAGGGAACGCCUGCAAGGACGCUAUGGGUCUUUUUCGUUUUUCACAUCUACCGGAGUGAUGAAAAAAUAAUGAUUACCUUUAUUAAUGAUACCUUAAUCCGGUUAAUUGAAGUCACAAUGACAUCACGCUAUUUGAAUAACUUGAUCGAUCUACUAAGAACCAUAUGGCGAGUGAAGCCAGAAUAUUAUAGAAACUGCAAUAAACUCUACGGAGUCAGUGGACGCCGGGAUUUGAACCUCGGCCACAUUUGUGGGAGGUGAGUGCUCUCCCCCCUGCGUCACCGUUGCUCCCUGAACUUCCCUGAAUUGAUGUAUUACUAAUCAAAGUGCAUUCAUCAAGAGAUUAUUAAGUAAAGAAGGUGUUGGGACAUCUCUUUAGCUUUAGUUUGUACGAUGAAGUACACCCUUAUUGCCUAGUUCCCAUUUCUACUUAGGAACUGUUUAUAUGACGUGAACCAACCCUAGUCUGCUUGCUGAGAUCUUCCUUCGAGCAACCAAGAUCUCGGCAAACGGGGCAGCCUGCAUUCUCAUAUAAACACAAUAACAAUUUUACACUGAAACAAAGCAUGAGCCGACCCAGCCCCGUUAACUGGCUGAGCUGGUUCAUCUCAUCUCCCUUUUUUGUUUCAAGUGUGACGAAAAUGCAAAGAUUGGUCACAAAAUGAUUUACGCAUCUUCUAAAGACACCAUCAAAAAGUCCUUCACUGGUUUAUCACUGGAAUUCCAAGCAAACGACGAGGGCGAUUUGGAUUACAAAACUUUAAGUGAAGAAGUGGAAAAAAGAGCUUAA